AAAUACAAGCGGUCUCCAGCAGGCGACACACUGAGCACAACACCGCGCAGAGCCCUGUAGCUGGUCACCUCGGCACCAGGCAUCACUAUGGCCCAGGAGACCAAUCAGAGUCCAGUUCCUACGCUCUGCGCCACAGGUUGUGGUUUCUAUGGCAACCCAAGGACCAAUGGCAUGUGCUCCCUCUGCCACAAGGAGCACUUGUCCAGACAGAACAAUGGAGGCAUGAGUUCCAUGGGGCCAAUGGGUGGCGGUGGGCUUUCCCUGGGGUCAUCAGAGGCCUCCUCCAGGAGGAGGCUGGAGGCCACCCUCAACGCUGUGGCGGCGGCGGAGGCCGCUGCAGCAGCCGAGGACGCCGCUGCCGAGGCAGCAGCAGCGACCGCCGAGGCCGUAGCGACUGAAGUGCUCAGCGGAGGGGCGCCUCUCUCGAUGACUCGGCAGAUGUCGAGGCUAAGCCUCUCUUCGGGGGAUUGUGGAAACUCAGCCAAUCAGGAGUUAGAGGAGCCUGUGGUCACCCAGCCGACAGCCACUGCCUCCCCACUUGGCGCCGUUGGGGGGGAAGGAUCAGACCUCACUGAGCUGCUCAAGCCAAAGAAGAAUCGAUGCUUUAUGUGCCGUAAAAAGGUUGGCCUUACAGGGUUCGACUGUCGCUGCGGGAACCUGUUCUGCGGCGGGCACCGAUACUCGGACAAGCACAACUGUCCAUACGACUACAAAGCCGAGGCUGCCGCCAAGAUCCGCAAGGAGAACCCCGUGGUGGUGGCCGACAAGAUCCAGAGAAUAUGAGCGGUGCCCGCAGACCCACCCCUGACCGUACCCUGCCGAGCCCACCGCCUUGGACUAAAAGAGAGAUGGCCCCCCCUAAGCCUAGCUUGAAUUCUGAAGGACCACUUGUUGCAACAAAAAAGACUUUUGUUUAUUUUCUUCUUCUUCUUAUUAUUAUUAUUAUUAUUAUUGAGAGAUUCUUUUUUUUUUUUUUUUUUCUGCUUGUAUUGUGGUUUUUUGAGAGGGGACGUUUCGGGAGGUGUUUCUAAUGGAGGAACACGACGUAGAACGUGUGGAAAGAACAGCCGGUUGAGGAGUUCCUUCGGGGGCCGGUUGUGGCGGCGAGAAAAGUGAAACAAAAGUGUGACACCGCUCGCAUCGUGACGGCGGCCGGCAUUCAAUCGGAUCCUUUAGAGACGUCGUCGGGCCUGAUUGGGUGGUGCCGUCUCACGGUGCUCAUGGGGGACACCUUGGACCCGCUGCCUUAUGGAACUAGACUGUGAUGUCUGCGGUAAUAGCAGCAGCACCAACGCGUCCAUAACCCGCUGAGGCGUUCGGGCAGAACGGACUGUCUCGCCUCCUCACUCGUGAACAUUGUUUUCCUUGUGUGGUAAUGAAAUAAAUGUAUUGAACCGCUACACACACCCACACACACACCCACCCACCCACACACACACACACACCACAAAUGGAGGAGUGUGUGAAAUAUUUUUUCUUUCUUUUCCUUGCUGACUGGCUCAUCUGGCCAUGUUUUGCACCUGAGAAACGGUUACGGAUUAGGUUGACUGUUUAAAAGAAAAGGAUUUCCCCUUGUGUGUGGAAUGAAGGGCUGGAAGCUGUGAUGUGCUUUAUAUUCAUUAACCUGGAUGGCAGAAGCCUUUCAGGCCCGUUAACCUUUCUUCUGUUAGACAAACCAUCCAUUGAACGGAUUUCUAUCCGUUAAGACGCCUUUUUAUCCCGUUAAUGUUUUUUAUUUUUAGUUUUUUUAGAUAGUGAGGAUAACAUUGGAUUUGGUAGCGUAGGUAGGCUGAACUUAAAUUAAUUUUCACAGGUUUGAAUGGCUCGCUCUACUAAUUUAAUAUCAGUUUUUUUUUGUUGCCGUGGAAGAUGACACAUUUCUGUUUUUGCAUUCUUUGUAUCAAGUGAGUGUGAAUUGUGUGGAGGGACAUAGAGGGUUGUCUGAGAGCAGUUAACGUUUGCCACAGUGACUUUGUGAAUCCAUGGAUAGCAUUUUAUUUCCUUCUGUUAAAUCUGUUGUGGGUGUGUGAUCGUAUUUUCAUUUUAUUUUUUGUUUUACGUUUGUACAAACGAUCUUUAUUUAUAAACUGCUGUGCACAUAAUCUUCCUACAAAUAUUACUGCAAAUAGCACAUCAUGUAAAUAAUAAAACCAUCAGAGAUAUACAAUAAAA